AUGCGCACGACGCGCAAAGUGUCGGUGUGGCCCGUGGGACUGGUGGGAGGACGACGCUACGAGCGCCCGGUCGUGGAGAAUGGCAAAGUUGUUGGCUGGUACACUGGCUGGAGAGCUGACAGGCCCUUUGCUAUUGACAUGGCAGGAUUUGCUGUGAGUCUCCAAGUGAUCCUGUCACACCCCAAAGCUGUAUUCAAGCGCCGUGGUUCUCAGCCAGGAAUGCAGGAAUCUGACUUUCUGAAACAGAUAACAACAGUGGAGGAACUGGAGCCAAAAGCAAACAACUGCACAAAGGUUCUUGUCUGGCACACGCGAACAGAGAAAGUGAAUCUAGCUAACGAGCCAAAGUACCACCUGGACACAGUCAAUAUUGAGGUAUGAUGGGGAGAGACAGUCACACAGCAAGCACAGGACAACAGAGGUGUCAGCAGGUGCUGGAAUUCGGGCAGUUAAAAUCACCUGGUUCUGUGUGAGACCUGAGGGACUUCUGUGGAAACAAAAGGAAACUGUCAGAGACUCUAAUAAGCAAAUCAAGUGGGUGUGCUUUGUUCUAACUUGUCUGCAUGCAUUUCUGAACUCUCAGCUUAAUAAACUGACACUUACCUUUGUUUUAACGCUGUUUCCACAUAGAGAAACGUGGCUGCAAUGGAGUACUUUCAAAACCAUUAUUUAUGUAUAUACUUUUUGUAUUUAUCCAGCUUAAUGGUGUAAUUAUGAACCGAUUUUAACUCAUGAACUGUUGAUCUAAGCAUCUGCAUAAAUGGAUCCUCCAAACUGAACAUGUUUUACUUCAUUCAAAAGUAAUGGUCAAAUAGGUUGUACAAUAACGAAAUAAAAACCCACAAUCAUUUACGGAUUUAUCCUUUUAAUAUAGGGAAAUAACAUUUUAUCAUUACGAGGCACCAUAAAAUGUAAACACAAUCACUGUCAUAAACCUGGAUCUCUCUGCAAGGAAAAAUAUAUCAGUUCAUGUUGAGUUACCUUGUAUGCAUAUUGUGCUGCUAGUUCUCAGCAUUAAUACUGUGCGUGUGCCUCGUGGGCCAGAUCAGAGACUUCAGCACAGGAAACUCAAGACGCAUCAAUUGCUCAUUUUUAACAGAAUAAACUAUUGAUUCGUAGAACUACAGUAA